GACUUCGUACGUGGCGAGGAGGUUGGGGGCGACGGCGGAGAUGACCUGGUCUCUCCCCGGGCCAAUAAAUCAUUCCCCAAAUCCUUUUGAAAAUGUACAAUCUCUACUGUCCCCAAAUAAAUGCUUGGCUCCUAUCCCAUUCCUGUUUGUGGUCUGACAUCAAAGAAUUCUCAAAACAAAAAUAUCAGUUGGAAUUGCCUGACGAUGCAAGAUUACAGGUAAAGAAAAUUCCAGUUUUAUGCAAUCUUUGCCUGAAGGUUGGAGUAACCGUUGCAGCUCGAAAAUAUGAUCUUGAUGCUGUCACACCUUUUCAAGCAACUGAUAUUUUGAAUCUUCAACCGGUGGUGAAGCAUUCUAUCCUUAUCAGUUCAGACGCAAAGGAUCUGGUGGAAACAGGAAAAGCUCAAUUAGCUGAGGUAUAAACAGUUCUAGGCAACAUUAUGUAGUGUGACUUUCGUGUUUGGAAAGGAAAUGAAAUGCAUGAGACUUGUAGGAAAAAUAAUUUAGUGAAGAUUAAUAUAUU